AGGGUGAGCAGCCGUCAUCAGCGAUCAAGACGAUACAUACCGGCCAGAGCUCUACGAGGGGAGCAGAUUGAACUUGAUCAGUUUUGCAGAUGCCUUCGUCGAUCAGGGAGGCUUGCUGGACAUAUCGACAACAGAGACUGUCUUCAACCGAUCGCGUCAAAAGCACGUUAAGCGAAGCAGUGGAGCCUGCCAGGCAGAAGAUGCAGGUGGAGAGAAGGAAACUGGAAAGAAGGACGAGGAUGUUGCUGGGUCAUGUUGUGGCUGUCGACCAGGAAGCGGGAUUGUUUCUCCAGGUAUUAUUCUUGGAUGAGAGUCGAGCUUCUGUGAUGAGAAUAGAAAGAGAAGAAGACAUGAGCGUGGCUCUCAGGCAGCAUGUUAUCAACCGAUCGCCUACUUAAUGGCGGCGCGAUGGCAGUGUGGUGGAUUGAGUCACUGCUUGUGCUGCUUAGUUAUUGCAAGCCAAUAUCAGUCUAGUGUUUUCAUUCAACACACGCGGAAUGUGCCCCCAAGUCCAUUACUAUGUACUUAGUAUGGCUGAAGUACUAUGCCAUGGUGGAGAUAUG